CAGAAAAUGAAGACUUUGCUGGGCAGCUGCGAGUGCUCAAGUCCAUGGGAUUUUCUGACUCUAAAGUCAAUCAGCAGGCCUUACACAUGGCUCAUGGCCGCAUCAACGACGCCAUUGAGCUCAUCACAAAUGGUGAAGUUUAUGCUGACACUACAAGUGCAGACAAUCGUCCAUUAGCUGAUACAUAUCGUAACUUGCCUGGACAAAUCCGCCAACACCAUCUCCCGAAUUCUGCUGUUCAUAAUAAUGAAAGCGUUUCUUCUGGUCCCUCCUUUAUAUUCCCAGUACUGGAACUGGACCAGCAACAAGCUGUGCUGCAGCUUGCUGGUCUUGGAUUUACAGAUGAAGGCAAGAUUCGCCAUGCGUUGGAUAAAUCCAAAUGGAAUGUAGAAGCUGCUGCCAAUGUAUUGAUUGAGAAUGCCGAUACGCUACAGUCUGGGUUUUCUGGAACUCCUAUUGAUCAAGCAUAUGGUCAACCUACUCGUUUAUCUUCUCAACCCCCAUAUCUACCGCCUCGCAACCCAUCGAACUCGGGAAUGUCGUUUACUCCAUCGGAAAGGAUGGGUGAUGGAAAUGGGAGGAAUGGUGCAGCCGCCACUCCUGAUCAACGCAUUGAUCCAUACUCUGCCUUCAAGGGUGUAUCUUCUACCGAUCGAUUUUCGUAUACUUCUGGUCUACCUCCAGCUGUAUCAGCAAGUUCGAGUGCACAUAAUCCAUUCGCUGCUUCAUCCGAUCAGACCCAUCAUCAACUGCCUGCACUCCAUGCAAAUCCUUCUCAAAGUCGCCCACAUGCAUUCGCGGACACCAACAAACCGACUCUCAUUUCUAGCUCGCGGCGCUAUUCGCAGGACCAAAAGGCUGUUUUAUCAGAGUUUGAUCCAUUUUCCGAUGACAAUCGUAUUUAGAGUGCCGUCAGAAAAUGCACCUGUUUUUGGAAGAAAUAUAUAAAGAAUUGCGU